AUGAAAAUUGCCAUUGCUCUGCUUUUCGUUGCGGUUUUCGUUGCAGCUCACAGAGCUCGUCAUGGUUACAGACAUCACUUGAAAACUCCUUUACCACCGUACACCAACAUUGUUGGUCGAGAGGCAAAAGAGGAUUACCUCGAUAUAUAUUUCAAUCUCAAACUGAGCCGACGCCAGCAGAAGAGGCUUAUUGAAAAAUGGGCACAAAAACACGGAAUUCUGGAGGAAGUGAAGCGUUUCAACGCCGAAAUGGAAAAGAAUGCGAGGAAGGCUAGGACGGGUUUCACCAUGCGCGUCGACGAAGUAAUACCGACACUACCGAUUGCUCUGAAAAACUACACAACUGUUAUGGACAAUCAAGAUCUGCCUAUAGAGGAGAUGAUCCAGAAAAUGCAAGCGAUGGAAGCUGAACACCCAGAGGCCUACCUAUUGCUAAAAUUUGUCAUGGCGCGAGUCAUGGCGCAACUACCUUUACACGACGCACGACCUUAUCCACACGAAGGCAGCCAUAGUCCACACGGUGAUGAACGGCAUGGUGAGCAUGACUUGUAUGGUCCACAGGAAAUCCACGGAAUGGGUGGACAACGUGGUUGGUGA